CCCAUGAACGUCCGAGCCGACACGUGAAGCUUUCUAUGUAUGGAAAGAAUGGGAAAGGACGUUGUUGUCAAAUGUUAGACGAACCACGGGGAGAAGGAAGAAAACGGGCGGCGUUUUCCACCCUGCCUCAACAGCAGUUUCUUUGACUGGACUGUGUAUGGAGUAAAUGCUGUUAUUCUUGUGUGAAAAUGUCUAAAGUACCGAUGCUGAGAUCUUUUGUCGACCAGAAGCUGUCUGCGGCUGUUGAAGAGAUAUUUGAGUUGAUUGAAAGAACCAUAGUGGAGUACGAGGAGCAACUCAGUCGAGAAAAGGGGGCGGAUGGGAAACGACACAAGCUGCUGGAUGCGGUUUUCAACCCUGAAGUCCGGCUACAUAGAUUAGACAUCCAGCAGCUGACCAUGAGAAAAGAAGAGGUUCUCCCUGAGCAGCUGGAGAUCUUACCAGAACCAGCACACAUUAAAGAAGAACAGGAAGAAAAGGAGCAGCCUCAUAGGCCACAGGAGGCUGACAAUGACAUGCUAACAUUCGCUCUUGUCCCUGUGAAGAAUGAAAAUGAUGAUGAAGAGAACCCUCACUCCUUAGUACUUCAUGACAUCCAAACGGAAGAGCAGAGAGACACAGAGCAUUUGGAAACAGAGGCUGAUGUAGAGGACUGUGAUGGACCAGAACGAGGCAGUGACUUUAGGCCAAACAUUCUUGCACAAGCAGUUGCUCAUAACGAGACUUCCUACUCUGACUCUGAUGAUAAUAACAGUCUUUGCGAUUGGGAGGAGACCUUUAAGGCUUUUUCAAUUUUCAGACCUCUAAGAAACAAUGCAUUAGAAGUGAAUAACAGUACUUGGAAAUCUGGAAAUGCAUCGCUAAACUCUGAAGACUGUGCUUCAAGCUUUAGCCAAAUUGAACAACAUCAAGAAAACAUGGGAAUGCAGAAAGGAGUGAAACCGUUCAGUUGUUCAUUUUGUGGUAGAAGAUACUCAAGGAGUGCUGACUUUAGAAAACAUUUGAAAUGUCAUACAGAGGAAAAAUGUUACAGCUGCUUCAUCUGCGACCAAAGUUUUGAAUUGAGAGGAAUGCUUGCAGCACACAUGAGAGUCCACACAGGAGAGAGGAUCUACAGUCCCUGCACUGAUGUUUCUCCUCAAGAGGGCCAGGAACUUUUGGCGAGUAAAGAAGAGGUUGGAAGAGGUCCUUUUCUUGUGAAGAGUCAAGAUGAACACGGGACACCUCAGUUCUCUCAGCUUCUUCAAAAACAGCCUGAACAAAUAGAAAAAGGAGCUGAUGGAGAGGACUGUGGAGGACUAGAAGCAGCCAGGUCCUUGGAUCCAGAGAAAGAUGUACAACCAAAGACUGAGUUCAAGACUGGAGACUUUCCUGAGUCCGAGACUGAUAACAGAGCUGGGAGGAAGACAAGAGAAAACCAGUCAGGUUUAAACUCAAAGGGCAAGAUUGAAAAGAAGAGAAUAAAGAGGGAUAAAUCACACUGCUGCACUGAGUGUGGUAAGAGGUAUACUCACACUGGGAGGAAACCUUUCAGCUGCUCUGAGUGUGGUAAAAAUCUUAACCCACAGUCUCAACUCACCGAGCACAGGUUAGUCCACUCUGAAGGGAAACCCUACAGUUGUUCUAAGUGUAAUAAAUGCUUUCGCCUCAAAGCAGCUCUGGAAAUUCACGACCUAAUUCACACAGGAGAGAAACCCUUCAGAUGCUCUGUUUGUGGCAGAAGAUUUAACCAGCGAGGUAAUAUGAAAACACACAUGGCCAUCCAUACUCAAAAACAAUUUUCCUGUUCUGAGUGCGGCAGAAAAUAUCGCCGUAAAUCAGCUAUGACCGAACACAUGAGACUUCACACAGGCGAGAGACACUACCGCUGCUCUGAGUGUGGUGAUUCAUUUACCCGUAAAGGUAUUCUAGUCAGUCAUAUGGCCACCCACGCUAAGGAGAAACCCUUCAGCUGCACUGAAUGUGGUAAAUCAUUCUACACUAAAAGUAAUCUGACCACGCAUAUGCGUGUCCACUCUAAAGUGAAGCCCUUCAGCUGCACUGAAUGUGAUAGAUCAUUCAGCUCAAAAGGUGUUCUGGAACAGCAUAUGUUUGUCCACUCGACAAAGAAAUUCCUAAGGUGUUCUGAGUGUGGUAAAAAAUUUCACCAUAAAUCAGCUAUGAGCAUACACAUGAGACUUCACACAGGAGAGAGACCCUACAGCUGCUCUGAGUGUGGUGAUUCAUUUACCCAUAAAAGUAAUCUAGCCCGUCAUAGGACCACACAUGGUAAGGAGAGACCCUUCAGCUGCACUGAAUGUGGUCAAUCAUUUACCAUUAAGGGUUACCUGACCAAGCAUAUGCUUGUCCACUCCAAAGUGAAGCCCUUCCACUGCACUGAAUGUGAUAGAUCAUUCACUACAACAGGUAAUCUGAAACAGCAUAUGUUUGUCCACUCGACAGAGAAACUCUUCAGGUGUUCUGAGUGUGGUAAAAACUACAAGUACAAGGUAUCUCUGAAGAAUCAUAUUAAAAAACAUAGAGAAAAGCCAUACAGCUGCUCUUACUGUACAAAGAGAUUCAAAGAAAAGCAUUUUCUGGAACUUCACUUAAUAUGCCACAAAUAAGAUCUGUAGCUUGCAUUGUAGGUCUCAAAAUGUUUCUUGGCCUCAAUAGUUCAUGAGUGUGUUGGCGGUCAGGCUUCAGAGCUCCUUCAACAACUAAAUGAGAGGCAGAAUAAGGAGCAAAUAGGGAGGCCUGUGGAUAAUCAGAACCAGCUGGAAAGUCAGAUCCAGAAACAUUAAUGAGAGACUUAAGUCAAGAGUCUUCUUUGAACCUGAGAUUGGAGAGUGAAAAUGCUUGGAAGAAGACCAGAGAACCUCUGUAAUGUUUAACACUAGAACUGCUGUGGAUCUCUAUAUACCUAAAAUGGCCUGUUACGACCUUUUUUGUAAUCUAGGGGUAACCAAAAGGAGUAACAUAAUAAGUUUAUAAAACCAAACAAGAGUAACUAACAAAAAACUCCCAACUAGAAACAAAAGUUUCAAAUAUUUAUUUACAAGGACAAUAAGUAAUAACAAAAUUAACCCUUAAUUGACCAAGAGGUGAACAAAGGAAAAAGCCUGCUAACAAAGAGUUGACCAAUGAAAAACGAAAAUGGAAGUAUUGACUUCGGGGAACUCAAAGGCCAAAAUAACAAACAAAAACCCCAAAUCUAACUACAAAAGAACCAACCUAGACUAUCUGUACCAAAAUUAAAAUACAAUUCUAAACUACCUAACUGACCACAAAACAGGAGAAAACCAAAACCUAACAAAAACGGCAGAGAUUCCUCUACCCUUCCUCUGUCUUUAACUAAAAUUGUUUGGUUUAAUCAGUUGCAAACAGGAGCAAGCUUACAACUUUUAGGUCAACACACAUCAUGGCUCAGGAGUGGAGGGAGAGAGACUGAAGCUGUAUCUCAGGUGUCUUUUGUAAGCUCUCAGAUGAGCCAGAUCAGUCUCAGCUGCUGCAGACUCCUGAGGUGUGGCAGACCUGCAACACAAUCAGGGUGAGAGAGGGUCCAAACAAAAACAGGAUUCACCUAAACAACUCUGACUUUGCCUUAUCAGAGGCCGUAACACGGCCAAUGGGUCAGAUUUACCCGUCAUUAAAGUUCCUUGAUUUUCUUAAAUAGCACUGAUCAGGGCUGUUAGUUAACCACUGACAUUGAACAGCUUAUUAACCACAGAUAGGAAACCAGAUCACUGUUGGAAGAUGAUCUGUCACAUAGAAAAUCAAAUUUGGACAGAUUGCUUAUCCCGAAACUUCCUUAUCACCAGAUUCUUCUUCAUUAAAAGCACUGAAAUUACCUUUUGACAUUUAACAAUGGUAAAUGGCGUUUUUCCCCCGUUGUAUCCGUGUUGAAGGUUGAACUAUUGAUUUCUCAUAGGCAUUGCUGCAAUAGAGAGAAGGUAUUUCCAUUGCGCCAUCUAUUUAUUGCUGGUGUGAAAUAAACCAGUGAGAAAAUCAAGG